GGCGCUUUCCGUCCUUUUGUACGCGAUGACGUCACACAUCCAACAUGGCUGUGCUUGUGCUGUCGAAGAAGUCGCACUUGACAUAAAAGUCAUUACGUACUUUACUGCUUACAUCGAUCGGGAUUCUUUGCCGUGCAUGAUUUUUUAAAAAUAAUUACACGUGUUGAACUACGAGAUGAGUUUAGCGCGAAUGUGCGUAGCACUUUGUCCGUCCAGGUGCAUUACUGUGCAGCUAAGAGGCGCUUUGUUGCACAGUUGGUCAAAAUGUGCAUCCAGCGGGCUUCUAAGAGGCUCAUCCCGCCGUGGCCUCUCCACCUCCACGCAACCCCCCAGAGAUGUCCCCCUGUUCGAGCACGACAGGACACACUUCUCCCGCCUCUUGUCCCUCUUCUGCGGGGGCCAGUGCCUCUUCUGGACGUACCUGGCUCACCUGGCCUACACCGGCCUCAGAGACACGCAGGGCCGGGGGCGCAGCACCGCCCUGGCGGGGGUGUGGAGCUUUGACGUCAACCUGGGCUCCAGCGCCUGGAAGUACGGCUUCACGCUGGGAUGCACGACGGUGGGAGCGGCCAUCGCGGGCUUGGGGUUCCUCUUCUGUCGGCGCUCAGUCAGCCGGGUGGUGUUGCACCAAGGCGGCAGGAUGGUGUCCGUGUUUACGCAGUCGCCUCUGGGAAUGGGCCGGGGGCGUAAAAUAACGGUAGCGCUGUCCCAGGUCAGCUGCCAUGCUCACAGGCAGGAGUCUCCAUCCUUCAUCCCCCUCAAGGUUAAAGGACACAAGUUCUACUUUCUGCUGGACAAAGAUGGCACGCUCAAUUAUCCCAAACUGUUUGACACAACCGUUGGAGCGUACCGUCCAUUUUGAUUGGGCUUUUUCGUCCACACAUCUGCGGUCCUCUCCAAAAUUUCUCAUUGUCCCAUUGGGUUGAGUUUUUCCUUGCCCUGAUGUGGGAUCUGAGCCGAGGAUGUCGUGUUGUUGUGCAGCCCUUUGAGACACUCGUGAUUUAGGGCUAUAUAAGUAAACAUUGAUUGAUUGAUGGAUUUUUCUAGUUUGACCAGCCUUGAUUCAAACUAUUAUGUGUGACAGCCUACAAAUAAAAACUAUUUGCUAAAGUUCCCCAAAAA